AUGAAGCGAGAAUACCUUUCAAUCAUUGCAUCCCUAAGCAUAAUAAUCUUGCUCAACCACAGUGCCAUAGCUUCUGAAGUGCAUCGGCCAAAACAUCAAUAUGACGAACAUGAGGAAGAAUACUAUGAGGAAUACGAAGAGGAGGUAGAAAUCGAGUAUGAUGAGGAAAUCUUCGAGUUUGAAUUCGAUGAGGACGACGAAGAAGAUUAUUUUGAGGAUUAUCAACCUCAGGAUAAAGAAUGUUAUGACGAAAAUGAACAUUGCGACUUGUGGGCUUCACUUGGGGAAUGUCACGCUAAUCCAUCGUACAUGAGACGUGUCUGUCGGCGGAGUUGUGACACAUGCGCUCAUGUAGCAACAGGCAGUAGAUUCCGAAGGGGGCUAGAUGUUAUGUCAUAUGAAGAACUCAUUGAAUUAGAUACUGCUGAGGAUUCCUAUGAUAUCGCACCCUGUGCCGAUAAGACUCGAAACUGUCCCCGUUUGGCAAAGGAAGGUGAAUGCGAGUCGGACCCGGAAUACAUGGAAGAGGCCUGUCCAGAGAGCUGUAACAUAUGCGACAAAUCAGUAUACAUUCUCCGAGGAGCUGAUCUUGGAGUCCCCCAGUCACUGGUCGUGGACAGUGGCACGAAGCGUCAAGACAUUACGUGGAUGCUUGGAAAAGCUCGAAAUUACAUCGCUCACUACGCUGAAUACGAAGAAGACCCCGAAGUUCUUUCUUGGUGUCAAAACGAUCAUCGAUUGUGUGCCUUCUGGGCGGUGCACGGAGAAUGUGAAGCGAAUGAGCCGUACAUGAAAGAGCAUUGCGCUCCAAUCUGUAACUCGUGUACUUGGAAUGACUAUCAUUUGCGGUGCCCAAUUGAUCCUGAUGCAAAACCGGCUUGGAAAUCUGGCGAUCUCAAUCGAAUGUUUCAGGCAAUUGCAUCCAACGCUGGAAACGAAUUCACGGUCGAAGUUCUUUCAUCUCCAGAAACGGAUGGACCAUGGGUAGUGACUGUCGACAAUCUUCUUUCAGAAGAUGAAGCAAAACGACUAGUCGAACUUGGGCAAUUGUCUGGAUAUGAAAGGAGUCAGCAAGUUGGUGAUGUCGAUUCUGAUGGCACCAUGGAAUCAGAAAUAUCAAACGACCGAACAUCGACGAAUGCGUGGUGCAUGGAAGAAGCGGAUUGCUCACAAGAUGAGGUCACACUUCGAGUUUUAGAGCGUAUUGAAAACUUGACUGGGGUUCCAUCCGAGAAUGGAGAAUAUAUGCAGCUGCUCAAGUAUGAACCCGGACAGUAUUAUAAACCGCAUCACGAUUACAUCUAUGAACAUGAAGAGAAGCAGAUUGGAGUACGAAUUCUCACGGUAUUUCUGUACCUUAAUGAUGUGGAAGAAGGUGGCUCGACUUACUUUGACAAGCUUGACCUGAAAGUGGAGCCAAAGCUUGGAAAAGCAUUAAUCUGGCCCAGCACUCUGGACGAAUCUCCAAAUGAAAUUGAACUGCGAACUCAACAUGAAGCCCAACCAGUGACGAAAGGGGUCAAGUAUGCAGCCAAUGUGUGGUACCACCAAUAUAGCUACAAGGCAGCAGACAGGACUGGGUGCGUUGAUUGA